UAGAGAGGGAAAUCGUGUAUGAUAAAUCCGACAAGAAAUACCUUACUCUGCACGGAAAAUGGUUCACAAAAGCGGAACCUCGGAUAGAUCGAGCAAAGUGAAACCGUCACACAUUGCUGCCGUGUGGAACCGAGCCAUUAGACCAAAUUCAGAAUGGGCCGAAAAGGAUGACUUUCUAGACGUCGUUUACUGGGCCCGGCAAGUGCUGGGCAUUAUUAUCGGCAUCGUUAUGGGAAUUAUACCACUGAAAGGAUUCGUCGCGUUGGCACUAUUUGCUUUGGUGAACUGCGGUGCGGUUUUUCUCUACAGUACCAGCUUCCAGUCAAUCGACGAGGAAGCCUACGGUGGGAUGUGGGAGGUGGUCAAGGAAGGCUUCAUGACUUCGUUCGCGUGCUUUCUGGUCACGUGGAUUAUCUUCUACACUGGCAUACACUUUGACAGUGUAAUCGUGGAAAAGAGUAUCUAGAGUUUAAAGUGCUGGCCGGGGUCAGGACGAAAGGAUGGAACGAGAAAACAUGAAGUGGACUUCGGAACAAAAACCGCAUUUGUUGACUUAUUUAUUCUGUACAAACUCGUGCAGCCGCGUGUGUAUCCGCGCACUUGUUAUGCGCGCGAGCGACGCAACGCCACCAAAAAACACCUAGCCAAUAAAAACACAUAAAGCCCAGAA